AUGCGGCUCUCUGUCUGGUUUCUCCUCUCGUCAACGAUCUCAAUCACAGCCGACCUUGCACGAGCUCAGUCGACCACCACCUCACCAUCACUAGCGACGUCUUCGACAGCCGCUGCUGGUCGUAGUACGACAACAACAGCGCCGACUAUCACGGGCUCGUCUGCCAGUCCGGCUGCGACAAAUACAAAGGUCGCCGUCGUAUUCGACUCCAUUCCUAAUUCCUUGUACGCUUGUGCGGGUGUCAAGUUCACAUGGACGCUCCCGGCAGACCUUUCCCCGGCCGCUCGAUCAGAGCUAAUCGAUCUGUUCAUCACGAAUGAGAACAUCGAUCAGGCUAUACCUGCGGGUGGGAGUGGAUCUUCUAGUAGCUCCGCCUCUAGCUCCCCGGCAGCUUCAUCGACAGCUUCGAGUGUAUCUAGAGCGAGUUCUUCGGCUAUCGCAUCUACGUCGAGUGCCAGGCCUACUACCUCGUCUACCUCGGCUCGACCCAGUUCGACCUCAAUUUCGACCUCGGCUGCCGCAUUGACGACCUCGACCACAGCUGCCCGUUCAACAGCUUCCCAAGCCGCCCGAGGGCUCAGCGUUCCUCGAGCCCAUCAACAUUCCCCACGCUUUAUGUCCCCCCGAGCCAUCCCUUCCGGCUCAAAGAUUAUCAACAAGAACAUUACCCUCGUCACAGCCUCUUCCAAUGCCUAUAACUACCCGCAGAUCGUGCUUCCUCUAGGGCGGUAUGUCAUUUACGCUACAGAACACGGCAACGGUGACGAGGUAUUAGGGACCUCGGCCCCGUUUACGGUGUUGAACGGGGCCAACCCGACUUGCUUGAACUCGACCGAUAUCGAGCCGGAUCCUGCUGGGGCUGAUGGGGGAGGAGGAUCGUCUUCGGGUGCUAGCGGGGGUACGAUCGCUGGAGUCGUCAUCGGCGCCAUCGUAGGGACCUUGAUCCUCGCCUUCGUAGCCUUUUGGUUCUGGAGAAAGAGGCAGAGGAAAUCGCUCUGGUUGAGUCAAUCUAGCCGAAGGAUGUUUGACGGGAGAGAUCGGGAGGCCGGGUGGAAAGGGAUCUUCUCCUCCGCUCUGGGCGGACGGAGUAAACGGGAUAGUCAGAGGAGUUCGGCUAGAGGGUUCAACAACGAGCAGGAAAUUUCUGGGCCGAUGGGAGUGAUUACGCCGGCGAGUACGACGAGUUCGAAUUGGAGGAGCCCGACUGAGGUUGCAGGGCAGACGAGGCCUAGCGACGAGGUCGAGGGUAAAGGCAGUGGAGACGAGGAAAAGUACGGGAUGGGGAUUUACAACCCUACUGGGGCUGCUCAGCGUGGCGACGAUCGCGGUAUCGAGCUGACGAGGUUACAACUCGGUGCUCCGCUCGAUACCGGCGUCGGAUUGAACAUUCCCGUUCUGAACAAGGGUCAGAAUCAGGAUGUGCCGAAACGACUCAGUCGGGCUGGGUUGCCUCCUCCCAGUUCGUACGAUAAUUCUGGAUCCACCGCGGGGUCGUCGACAUCACCUUCGAGCACGACAUCCCCAUCUCAAAGCUGGAACGCGCAUUCUUAUCCGUUCGAUCCUGAACGAGAUCAGCGUGAACGUGAUCGCGCUUAUCAUCCGGAUGAUUAUACGCUCUCGACCCCGUCGUCUGGACGUCAUCCUGCCGUUACCGGGUUGCAACGAAACGCCAGCGUUGCAUCGACCACGCUCGGCUCGGGCGCCGGAAUCGGAAGGAGCCUGAGCAACAAGCGGCAUAGUACCGGGUUGGCUAGCAGUAUGAAGAGGAAACCUGUCCCUACUAUGGGCGACGGUUCUCCGACGAUGGAAGGACGACCUCCCCGGCUGGACGACUUCGGACGAGGGGAGAGUACGGAAGAGAUGUUGUCGGAGCAAAAGGCGGGAAAGUCGCAGGGAGGUCCGCAGCACGAUAGGAUGAGCCGGCAGUCGAGCGCCGGGUCUUUAGCCGUAUCCACCUCGGAGGGUACGAUCAGGCCCGGCCAGGGCAGGGAGAACAAUAGCAGGAGGUCGAGCUUCUUGUUGAUGCCGGACAAGCCGCUCGAUCAAGAGGAUUGA